ACUGACCCCGGGGGUGCGCCACCGCCACCAAGAAGUGGUCGGCCCAGUCCGCGUGGAGCGAGCUCAGAGGUGCGGUAAAAGGGGGUUGUACGUUUGCGAUCGCCUCCUGAGGUCGGCGUCGUCGAGGAGGGGGGCUCGCGGCGUGGGGCUAGCCUGGCUGUUGCGUCCUGGAGGGCCCGGCCCGGCCUCAGGCCCGGCGGCAGCGGCGCCCUCAGUGGGUGCUCGACAGCCCCACCCGCCAGAGCAGCGCGCCCCUGCUCCGCCCCUGCUCCGCCCCUGCUCCGCCCCUGCUCCGCCCUCCAGCGGCGCGCCGCACGAGCCUCCUCGGCGCCGAGUCUCUCCAGAGGGUUGUAACCGUUCCGCGCCCAUCGGCGCGUUUCGUCCUCCAGCCCGAGCCGGGCCUGGCGGCUCCUGGCCGCCGACGCGACCGACGCCAUGAGGACCCCGGCGGUCGCCCGGCGCUACGCCGCCGACGUCACCGCCUCCGCGGACAAAGGCAUCAGGAUGGUGGUCAAGUCCAGCCGCAGCACGCCCAUCAUGAGCCAGCAGGGCCGCUCCAAGGAGGAGCCGCUGCGGGUCACCGUGCACUACCGCGACCUGGCGGGCUCCUACGGCGGCCUCAGCAGGGACACCCUGAUUUCCUCCUCGGGAUCCGCCGACCGCUGGGGAGCGAGUAACCAGCACCCGGGACAGGUGGGGUCGUUGAUCUCGGGGCACGGUGCAGCGGUGCGUCCUCGGCGGGUGCGCUUCGACCUGCCCACUACCACCAGCGGCGGCGGCGGGGACGAGGGCGGCGGAGGGGGAGGGGGCCAGCCCACGGGCCAGCCCCACCACGCCGCGGACCACCACCACCACCACCAGCACCGCUCCAACAGCAACAGCGGCGGCUGGUCUCCCUGGGCCGGCAGACAACACCAGUCGACGUCCAUGAGACAGCCGGGACAGCCGCAGCCGCCGCCGCAGCAGCAGCAGCAACAGCAGCAGGGACGCUCGCCGUGGAGCAGCAGUAACUCGGGCCCCGGGCCGGCCGCGGCCAUGGCGCGGUCCUCCUCGGCCCACCUCCAGCACGGGCUGCACGGCCUGCACGGCCACCAGGGCAGCAGCAGCGCCGCCGUGCUCACGGCCGCCAGGGACGGCGACCACCACACGCUCCUGGAGCUGCUCCGGAGGAACCCGCCCCCCAGCACGCUCAACCACCGCGACACCCAGGGCAGGACGGCGGCGAGCCACCUGGCGGCGCUGGGCGGCUCCGGCGCGGGCGCGAGCAUGCUGGAGCUGCUGCUGCAGUGCCCCGGCGUGGACGUGAACCAGCCCGACUCGGAGGGCAACACGCCGCUGCACUUCGCCGCGCAGGCGGGCCAGCUCGAGGCGCUCAACGUGCUGCUGCGCCAGCCCGAGGUGCAGGUGGACGCGCGCAACGCGCAGGGCUUCACGCCCCUCAUGAAGGCGGCGCUCCAGGGCAGGACCAAGUGCGCGCGCGCGCUGCUGCUCGCAGGUGCGUUGUCUCCGUCAAACCAAUCUUGAACUUUGGCAUACAUACCUAUAGGGAUCAUCCAGAAAGUACGCCCGUCAUUCAACUUUAUGAACCUUUUCAACCUUCAGCUCUCGUAGCGCCUGGUGGGUAGGCAACAUCUUGUCUGCUGUGCAUAUGUGUACUGCGGGGUGGCAUACCCUGAGUCUCACAGGCGCCGUGCUCUAGUAACCUGCCGACUGAGUCUGAGAAAGAUAGACGUACUUUCUGGACGAUCCCUUGAUCAUUUUCAAUCUUUGUCAAUCUUU